GAAGGGUGGGUAUGUCAUCUUUUGGUAAAGGUUCGUGGUGACAUUUCAUGAUGAUUAAUUACACACACAGCUCAUUAAUGCAUAGACACUGACCUUUUCAACAACAGUUAAACAUCAAGAGAAUGUUUACAAGUGGGUAGAUUCAAUCCAAAAUCACAUUUCACACACUCCAUUUUCUGGAUCUCGCUUCACACUCAGGAACACAAAACCAUCAAAAUAUUAAGACACCCAAUAGAGAGAGGAGAGAGAAAAAAGAGAGAGGAGAGAGAGAGGAGAGUGAUGUCGAGGCGAUCUGGGGCUUGCUUGAGGUGUUGUCUGGUAAUCUUCGCCGUCGUGUCGGCUCUCGCCGUUUGCGGACCAGCUCUGUAUUGGAGGUUCAAGAAGGGCAUAAAUCUGGGCAAUUCCAAGAACUCCUGUCCUCCUUGUAUCUGCGAUUGCCCUCCUCCUUUGUCCCUCCUCAAGAUUGCUCCUGGUUUAGCCAAUCUCUCUAUCACAGAUUGUGGAAGUAAUGACCCAGAUCUCAAGCAGGAGAUGGAGAAGCAAUUUGUGGACCUUCUGACUGAGGAGCUUAAACUGCAAGAGUCCGUUUCCGAGGAACACAACCGACAUAUGAAUGUUACAUUUGCUGAAGCGAAAAGGAUAGCUUCUCAGUACCAAAAGGAGGCAGAAAAGUGCAAUGCGGCGACAGAAACUUGUGAGGGGGCCAGGGAGCGUGCGGAAGCAUUGCUCAUCAAGGAGAGAAAGGCAACCUCAAUGUGGGAACAGCGUGCCCUCCAAAUGGGUUGGGAAGGAUAAUAACUUUCUUUAGAAUUUUAUUACAAAAUUUUCCAGUUACAUAUUUUUACCUUCAGCCAAGCCAAAUUGUUUGGAUUAUCACCUUGUUAAGCCAGACUCUCUCUCUCUCUCUCUCUCUCUCUCUCUCUCUUCCCUCACAAUUGUAGUUGCAUUGGUCACAAAAAAUAGCAUGUAUGAUGAGAUUUUACAUUGUAAACGGAAUGUUAUGGAUAUUUUACUUCUAAUAUUCACUAUUAUAAUGAUCUGAAGUGUACUAUUUUGGAGCAUUAUUGGUAUAGAAAGUAGUUCUGUUUGUGAA